AUGGACAUAAAAAAAGAAAACAAAAUACUUACUUCUGACAGAAAAGACAACUUGUCUAUGCAUCAAAAAUUUGAUAAAUUGAUAGAUGAAUAUUAUUCAGACUUAAAAGAUGAAAAAAAAACAGAAAAAUUAGAAAAGCACCCUCAAACUUGUGAUCACAUUUUUAAGUCAGUAAACAGAGACAAAACUGAUUAUGCGAGAAUAGAUGAGAAUGAUGAGCCUCCCAUCUUUACAGAUUUAGUUGAAAAUGAAGCAAAAAUUGGAACUUUAAAGAUUAAUAAUCCCUUACCUAAAAUUGAAAAAAGAGAUGAACUAAAAAAAAGUUAUAUGAAAUGGCUAAAAACAGAAAAAUUAAUGAGACCAGAAGAAAGGAGAUUAGAAUACGAAAAUAUGCAAAAAAAAUACUUGGAGACUUUAAAAUUAACUCAAGAUAUAAAAAAAGAUGUAAAACUUGCAAGAGUAAUUAAGUCUCAUUACCCUAGAGGAAUAGUUGGUGUUGAUUCUAUAUAUAAUGAAAAAACAUUAUUAUAUAAAGACCAGUAUAACGAAAUUAAGAAUAAACAAGAAGCAAAAGAGAAAAGGUUAAAAGAAAGGGGGGAAGUCUUAGAAAAGUAUAACAAUAAAAAUGGUAAUUUUUUAGCUUUUGAAACAGAUAAUUAA